AUGGAACCAAAACUUGCAAGAAGAAGAAAAAAAACACAUUUUAAACGACUUCAACUGACUUAUGAUGAUAUUCCUUAUGAGAUUCUGUCUAGAAUUGCUCAAAGUCAUUUGAGCUUCUUUAUUCAUGAAGGCAGUGGCUUAAAUAUUGAAGUUCAUCAUACAUAUUCUAAUGGAAAUGAAUUGUUUGUUAAUCCUCAUUAUGAAAUCAAAGUGAACAUGAACAACGUUUAUUACACGCCACAUAAAUUGACUACGCUAAUGUUUAAAGAGACACCAGAUAAAGGCUCGUUGCCUGCUUUGCAACUUAAGGUGAUCUGUGCAACACCAUUGAGGCAUAAGACGCUUCGAGGAGAUGAAAAUGCGCAGUUAUCAAGUCAAACAAAUAAAUAA